AUGAAAAAUAAAAUAGAGUUAAAUAAUGCAGGCUGUGGGCUUCGAACCCACGCGCACUUAUGUGCAGAAUAACUUAAGUCUUCCCCCUUAACCACUCGGGCAAACCUGCAAUUGCUAACAGAUCAUUUAUGUUAUUUAUAAAGGUAAUACAUGAUACAAUCUCACAUUCAAGUUCAAGAAUCUAUUGAUAAGGUUUACUUCAGCUCUCUUCUGUCUCUGUCUCUGAUUAUAUCUUUGCAAUGCUGGUGCAACACAAACACCUGACACCUCAAGAAGCAUAUGCCUACGUGAAGUCAAUCAGGCCUGGAGUAAAAUUAGCUACUGCCCAAUGGAAGGCCGUUCUUGAGUACUACCAUUUAAUGGUGCUAAAGACUCAGAGUUCAUUAACUGAUGCAACUUCAGCUUUGAUCCCAAGAAAUGUAAAGCAGGUUUGUUCUGGGAAUGUAGUUGUGUUUGAAGAUGGGCCGAUGGUGGUAGUGACCCAAUCGGAUGUAGAGGGCUAUGAUGAUGACUCAAAGAGGUCAAUGAAUGUUGCUGGUAACGAGUUAUGGGUGAAUAUGUCUUUCUCCCCAGUGACAAAAGUUAAUAAAUAA